CACAUGGACAGUUGCGUGACACACACUGACAGAGCAGAGAUCUGUGGAGCCAGAAGUGCUCCAGUGGACUCUUGAGCCGUCGACUCUGCAGCUGCUGUGAGCUUAACACAAAUCCCACAGGGGGAAAGAAAGAAAAGAAAGCAAAAAACAAAAAGAAAAAGUGAACAGUGAGCUGGACAGAUGGAGGCAGGUGCGAGCGUUCGUGCGGUGAAGAGCAGGAGGGUUCUGUGUGGAGAGGAGAUUCGGCCCGCCGUGGUGCUCAUUAAGGACGGCAAGAUCGAGAAGAUCCUGCCUGGCGUGGAGCAGCAGCAGGAGCAGGAGCAGGGAGCCCUGUCUUCCUCUGAGGUUCUGGAUGUGGGUGACCGUGUGGUGAUGCCGGGUGUGGUGGACUGCCAUGUGCAUGUGAACGAGCCGGGCCGAACCAGCUGGGAGGGCUACUGGACCGCUACUAGGGCCGCAGCUGCUGGGGGGAUCACCACAAUAGUGGACAUGCCACUUAACAGCAUCCCCCCCACCACCACCGUGGGCAACCUGCAGGAAAAGCUAAGGGCAGCGGGAGGGCAGUGCUACAUAGACACCGCCUUCUGGGGAGGGGUUAUUCCCGGCAACCACAUGGAGUUGAGGCCUAUGGUGCAGGCUGGUGUUGCAGGCUUCAAGUGUUUCCUGAUCCACAGUGGAGUUGAUGAGUUUCCCCACGUAACUUACGACGACCUGCACACAGCCAUGAAACAACUACAGGGAACAGACAGCGUACUUCUGUUCCAUGCUGAGAGGGAGAUCGAGCAGCCACUAGGGGAGACUGGAGACCCGUGUGAGUACUCCACGUUCCUGAGCUCCAGGCCAGACAUCAUGGAGACUGAAGCCAUCCGCAUGGUCACACAGCUCUGCCUGCAGUACCAAGUGCGCUGCCACAUCGUGCACCUGUCCUCUGCUGAGCCGUUGCAGCUGAUCCGGGCGGCCAGGCAGGCAGGAGCCCCCCUGACGGUGGAGACCACCCACCACUACCUCAGCCUGGCCUCAGAACACAUCCCCACCGGCGCCACGCAGUUCAAGUGCUGCCCCCCCAUACGGGACACCGCCAACCAGGAGCUGCUGUGGUCGGCUUUGAGAGAUGGUGACAUUGACAUGGUGGUGUCUGACCACUCCCCCUGCACCCCAGAACUCAAGCGAUUGGACAGUGGAGACUUCACUCAGGCCUGGGGCGGAAUCUCAUCCCUGCAGUUUGGCCUGCCGCUGUUCUGGUCGUCUGCGUGUCAGCGAGGAUUCUCAUUGGUUGACACGGUCAAACUGCUCUGCCAAAGGACGGCCCGUCUCUGUCGUCUUGACAACCAGAAGGGCAGCCUCCGGCCCGGAUACGAUGCUGACCUCGUCAUCUGGGACCCUGACAAGGAGUUCGAGGUGAAGGAGGGAGACAUCCAUCACAAGAAUAAGUUGACUCCGUACCUGGGUCGUGUGGUGCGAGGGGAGGUGUUUGGGACGGUGGUGAGGGGGAGGCUGGUGUACCUGCAGGGGGCCUUCUCUCCAGAGCCCCUGGGGAAACACCUCCUCCUCAGCAGCACAUGCCCACACGCCUCCCUAUGAGGAGCACACACACACACACACACACACACACACACACACACACACACACACACACACACACACACACAC